AUUCCAAACCCCGUGAUGAGCUCUUGCAGAAUGACAGAAUCCAGAUUGUGGGACUGACAGAAUUUAAGAGUCUUACAGUCGGGCCUCGAGUCCUUCAAUACGGAGUCAAAGUUGUCCUUCAGGCAGUGUACUUGCUGUGGAAGUUGACGUGGAGGGAGCCAGCAGACUACAUCUUUCUCCAGAACCCCCCGGGCCUGCCUGCCAUUGCUGUCUGCUGGGCGGUGGGCCGCCUCUGUGGGAGCGAGCUCGUCAUCGACUGGCACAACUAUGGCUACUCCAUCAUGGGCCUGGUGCACGGCCCCAGCCACCCCCUCGUUCUGCUGGCCAAGUGGUACGAGAAGCUCUGUGGGCGCCUCUCCCGCGUGAACCUGUGCGUGACCAAUGCCAUGCGGGAAGACCUGGCGGAGAACUGGCACAUCCGGGCCGUGACCUUGUACGACAGGCCAGCAUCUUUCUUUAAAGAGACGCCACUGGAUCUGCAGCAUGAGCUCUUCCUGAAGCUGGCCCGCACCCACUCUGCUUUCAGGGCCUGCUCAGAGCACUUGGACCCCGGCAUGGAGAGGUCGGCCUUCACGGAGCGGGACCCCCGGAGCGGGGCGGUGACGCAUCUUCGUGGGCGGCCGGCCCUGCUGAUCAGCAGCACGAGCUGGACAGAGGACGAGGACUUCUCCAUUCUGCUGGCGGCAUUAGAAAAGUUUGACCAGCUGACCCUGGGUGGAGAGGACCUUCCUGCGCUGGUCUGUGUGAUAACAGGUAAAGGGCCACUGAAGGAGUAUUACAGCCGCCUCAUCGGCCAGAAGCACUUACAGCGUGUCCAGGUCUGCACCCCGUGGCUGGAGGCUGAGGACUACCCUUUGCUUCUGGGGUCAGCGGACCUGGGUGUCUGUCUGCACAAGUCCUCCAGCGGCCUGGACCUACCCAUGAAGGUGGUGGACAUGUUCGGGUGCUGUCUGCCUGUGUGCGCCGUGAACUUCGGAUGUUUACACGAACUUGUGAAGCAUGGGGAAAAUGGCCUGGUCUUCGAGGACUCGGAGGAGCUGGCGGCUCAGCUGCAGAUGCUCUUCUCGAAGUUUCCUGACCCUGUGGGCAAGCUCAGCCAGUUCCGCAAGACCCUGCGGGAGUCGGAGCAGCUGCGGUGGGAUGAGAGCUGGCAGCGGACCGUGCUCCCUUUGGUUAUGGACACGUAACCCUGUGGGCCAGACCGGAACCCUGCGGCAGCCAGCGGCCCUCCUCGCGCCCCUCCCGCUCUGCCGCCCCAGGAGGCCGUGGGCAGCUGCUUCUGAAAAGCACCUCCAGUGGUGGGAAGCUGAAAGGAGAGCAGCACCAUCUGGUGAGAGGCCUCCAGCCCAGGAAACUGGUCUAUCUGGUUUCUUCCUAGGAGCCUGGCCUCUGAACUCCCACCCAGGCAUUCCUUCUCAGACUUGUGUGGUCCCCUUCAGCUUGCCCCUGUGGGGUGCCUCCUGUGUCCCUAACCCUCACUCGCUGCUCCCAGUGUGGCAGGUGUAACAGGGUAACGGGUGUGGCUGCCUGGCUGCUAAGGGGUGAGAACUCAUCCAGGUGGGGGAAGUCUUACCCAACAUGUGUUUUUAUUUGCAUAAAAGAAAUGCUUAUCUUUGAGCCAAAAUUUU